UCACUUCUUGGUCACAACAAAACUUUCGGCUCAUGAUUGCCGCAAUCAAGUGAAAUGUCAAUGAGAAAUCCUUUCUAAUGAACCCCACAAUUUAACGAGCAAUUUCAAGUCCAAUACAAUAUAUCAGCGACCGAUGUCAACAAUUUUCCUCAAAUAACUUGCUGUGUCUUACAAGGCACAUCCAACUCAACCAAAACCGACUAACAAUGGCGGAGCUUCAAGCCUACCUUGAAGAUCGAGCCGAUUUUGUGAUGCCCAAAGUCAUUUCUAUUCUCUCUUCUCUUCUUCAACGUGUCGCUGAUUCUAAUGAUUUUAGCUGUCGUCUUCAACCUCACAAGAUGUCUGUUUUUCGUGGCCUCACUCGCCCUACCAUUUCCAUUCAAAGCUAUCUUGAGAGGAUCUUUAAGUACGCAAAUUGUAGCCCUUCUUGCUUCGUUAUUGCCUAUGUUUAUCUUGAUCGUUUCGCGCUAAAUCAACUCUCUUUGCCCAUCAGUUCUUUCACUGUGCAUCGGUUGCUUAUAACCAGCGUUUUGGUCUCCGCCAAGUUCAUGGAUGACAUCUAUUGCAACAACGCGUUUUAUGCCAAAGUUGGGGGGAUAAGCACAGCAGAAAUGAACUUGCUUGAGGUGGACUUUUUGUUUGGUUUAGGGUUCCACUUAAACGUGACACCCACCACAUUCCACACCUACUGUUCUAUUCUUCAGAAGGAAAUGUUUUUGCAAUCUCCUCUGCAUUUACCAGAACCUCCUCUAAACGUGGACAGACCACUAAACCACCAAUGUUGUUUCACUGAAGAUGAAUCAGCCCAUCACAAACAACUCGCUGUUUAGUCGCUUUUCUUAGAAAUUUCUGUUAGUGAUUUUGUGUGCUACUGAAAUAUUAUAAGUUUAGAGGAAUAGUUUGAUCAUGAACUCAAUGUGGACCCGGUUUGAAAAGGAUUUACCAUCUCUAUAAAUGCAAUACAAACUGCUCAUGCAUGAUGAUUAUGUAA